AUUGAUGAUGAAACACAGAAGAUCCUUUACAGCAUCACUGGUCCGGGAGCAGAUCAGCCUCCUGUUGGUCUCUUUACCAUGGACAGAGACACUGGCAAUCUGUAUGUGACACAGGGACUGGACAGAGAGAACCAGGACAAGUACACAUUGCAGGUAAAUGCUGUGGCAGAGGAUGGAGGGGCGACAGUCGGACAGAUGCAGGCUGUGGUCAAAGUUGCCGACCAGAACGACAACUCACCUGUUUUUUAAUAAAGUCACCUACGAGGGAGAAGUGCCUGAAGCCUCACCCAUAGGUUUCGAGGUGAUUAAAGUGGAGGCCACAGAUGCUGAUGAGCCAAAUACUGAAAACUCAGAGAUUCGCUAUAGCAUCAUGAGCCAGGAACCAGCGGAACCCUCCAUGUUUACCAUCAACCCGGUUUCUGGAGCCAUCACUCUGAGUGCUGAUGGACUGAAUAGAGAGAAACACCCUCAGUUCACUCUGAUGGUCAAAGCGGAAAACUCUGCUGGCGCCACUUUAUUUGCGCAAGUUAAAGUAACUCUGACCGUGACAGCAAACUCUGCGUCCAUGACUCAGGCUGGCGGAGCAAAGAGGAGGAAGAAGCGUUUUUCUGUCAUGGAGAACUGAAAAGGAGCUCACCCAUUACAGCUCACUCAGAUGAAGCUCCAGCUGCCAGUCAGCUCUGAGUUCAGUCAUUGAACAGAAGUGAGAUCUUCCUAUAUGAGGAGCUUUUCUGCUGCGGAGGAGACCUGACAUGAAAAUGUGUGUUUGUGUGAAAAGUGUGCUUAAGAGGAAUCUUUGCUUCUCUCCAUUUAUUCUUAGUUGAACCAUCUCUCAGGCAUCUUUGCAGAUUUUCAUUUCCCUGAAAGUGAAACAAGAAUGUGAUUUUUUUUCUGCAGCUGUUGGUAUCAGGUAAAGGUUUAUAGCUUCUAUUUGUUCCUCCACAUUGUCUAUAUAGAGGAACAUAUGGUGAUGUACCUGUAUGACUUAUAGGGUCCUCCAUUAAUUUGUCAUGAAUAAUACUGUGUGAUAUGUAAUCUGAUCCAUUUAUGUCUCUAAUAAACCUUUGACUGUUCUUCAAAAACUUUUAAAGGAGCAUUCUGUAAAUGUACAUUUAGAAUGUUGUUAUUAGACAUCUAAUAUUUCUAAUGUUCUCCCAUAUUCCAGAUUUAAGUGUUGGUGAUUAGCAUUGAGCAUCAUGAGGGGUCAACAUAAGCACAGGCAUGUUCACUAAAGUAGAAUAUUACUGAAAAGUUUAUGCAUUUCAUUUUGUCAAACACAUUAUUAUUUCCACACAGACUGACAUUUUCAAGCCUUUAUUUCUGUUGAUUUAGAUCAUUUUCUGCAUCCAGCUGAUGAAAACAUAACAUUUAAAAUUAUAACCCAACAUCAGACCAAUAAAAAUAUUUUCAAUAUAAAAAUGUUGUAUAAAAAAAACGGUUGUUAAUUUUAAAAUCCACUUUUAAUCUGAGAAACAAGCCGCAUACGAACCAAUAUUCUAAUUUAUUGAAUAUUGCUGUGGGAGAUAAAGGUAUUUUCAAAUGUCUAUAUGUCGUUUGUCUUUGCAAGUUUUUCUUUUUUGUUUUAUCUUAUGCUUCAUACUUUUGUAAAACCUGCUUUGGAAAUAAACUGUCUGUUUGCUGUU